AUGACCCCCCGGCACUGUCUCCGAACGGCGGAAAGGACGGUGCGGGACCUCCCUCCCGACCAGCCUGGAGAGCCCGAGGGCCGCCGCAGUGCCUGGGCCUGGGGCCGCCUCGGCCCUGCGGGGAGCCCGGGGCAAGGGCUGAGGAGGGAGCGGGAGGGAGCAGGGAGCCCGGAGCCGGGAGUCCGAGGUCGCCCCUCACCUCGGGCCGGGCGGACAUGGCCGCGCCCCGCCAUGGCCGGCGGCGUUGCCGUGGGGACGGGCCCGCGUCACCGGGACAGCGGCAAAAGCCGCGGCCCGGCGGACGUUCCCCCUCGGACGGGAAGAGGAGCAGUAUUUAAAAUAAUAAAGCAGGCUUAUAUGUUUUUUUGGCAGUAUGUGUGUCCUUCGAAAUACCCAGCAGAAAUACCCAGCUUCCAACACCACAGAGUUAACACAGCCAAGAUUUGUUUUACCAACUCAGAACUCAGACAGGUCAUUUCAAGGCAGAAAUUCAAGCACCUUGGAGCAAUCACUGGUUUCGAAGAGACUGCUUCUAUCAUUUAUGGUGGUACAGGAAAGGACAAGUUUAAGAAGGACAAUCCCCUUCAAGCUGUUCUUCAGCCAUAUAAAUUGAACUCACGAAGGUUUAUCUGUGUAAUCCCUGCCUCCACUUUGCUUGCCUGCCUCAUUGGGAUGCAGGGUGCCUGGUUUCUCAGUGUUCAUCACAGCACAGCUCCCACUGCCUACAGUUUGCAGUGGCAAGUGCUCAACACUUCUACAAAUUACACUCCUCCAUACCAAGCACCUCCAGAAACACAGUUAACAACCACAUGUGCAAAGUGACUCCUAUCACACAGGAAAUCUGUGGCAAAGGCAGGGAUACGAUUCAGUUCCCCAGGGCUGCACUCAUGCCUUAAUCGUGAAAACAUUGUUUCCUUCUCUACAGUUGUCUGCUUCACUCACUGUGUCCUUACAACGGCUGCAACAAAGUACAGAUUGCACAGAGGUUUUACUAUGCAGUGAUUCAUCCUCCAGCGCAGGUCCUUUCUGUGCGCUAAAUAACACAGAGGAGCCACGGAAAACUCUCUGCCCAAAGGAAUGACAUGCAGUUCCCUCUGCCUCACCACUCACAUAAUCCACCAGAGUCCUUGUCCUUUUGUCUGCCUCUUCUACCACCAAGAGAGUUGGGUGCAUGGGAGUGAUGGGAUUCCUGAUCCAAUUCCUGCGCUUAAUCAGGCCCGACUGCAGCAGCAGCGAGCGGCAGGAUCAGGGGAAAAUGUUUUGAACGCCAGUAGCCCCAGGGCUGGAGCGUGCCCAGAUGUUUCAUGGAAUGGCUCUGGCAGACCAGUCACACACAGGUGUUUAUUGGCUUGAAGUAAAAGUCAGGAAUACCAAGAAUAAUUCAUCUGCCACUUGGCUCUUCAAACAGAACAGGAACGAGCACAACGUGCAAAUCUAAACGGCAGAUAACAGCAGCUCUUAGCUAACACACACACUUUACCCGCGGAGCUGCUUGCCUGAUGAACUUUUUAUUUUCCUGGAAUGAACUCAUUUGAGUUAUGAAAACUGAUUAUGCAUAUUGUUACAGGCACGCAGCCAAGCAACCGUACAACUUGCUUUUUCACUAAUAUCUGUCAUUUUUAGGAACAAAACAUGCUGCUGCUAACUGCAAGUAUAAAUCUACUUCUUAGAAAUAUGAUUUGCAGUUUACUUUCUCUUUACAUUUAAAAGCUAUUUAAAAGCAAAAUAAAUCUAGCUGGAUCAAAAGUAGCAUUGUGUACUUAGUUUAAAUAUACUAAUUUUCACACUAAAAUUACUUUAGGGAGCAAAGACUUGCUAUAUGUGGCAAAUCAAAGGAGAAAUGUAAGAAACUAUUCCAAAGAGGUUUGUUACUCCGCAUGGCAAAAGCUGUGCACAGCCUCUCUGUGACCUGACUCCGCACGAUUUAUUGGUCAUCUUUAAUAAAGCGAAAUCCAAGCACCUUUUCUGUUUCGUUACUUCCAUUUUAGCACUUGCAGUAGCAGACAGACAGACAAAGUUUAGUUUUAGCCUGGGAGCUAAAAGAAAUACUUCUAACAUACAUAUGUACUGUUACAGUCUGACUUAUAAAUGCUCAGUAGUAAAGUCAGCAGGAAUUGAGCACUAAAACUGGAGAAGAGUAAGUGGAAAGAGAUCCUGCUGUAUUUGCAGACUCGUGGUAAUAAGGAGAGUGCUCCCGGCUGCUCUUGGAAACUUGUCAUGUAAGUGAGUAAGGGGAGAGGUCAGAUAGUGACAGACUGCUCUUCCAGCCUGAAAUGGGGGGUUGCACCAAAUCUAAAAAACCAAAACUAGUUUGAAACAUGCAUUUAACUAAAAAUUAAUGUUAUUAAAGCAAAUUAUACCCAUCAUUUAGAAAUGUAGUCUGAAAGUACCGUAACUCCUGGCUUCUCUUCAGAUGAUGUCUGGCAGUGUGCUAUGUAUUAUCCACAAAGUAUCUUCCAGAAUCCCCAGCACCCUGGCUUCAGGAGCCACUCUGAA